AUGAUUAAAGCUGUCAAUUGGAAUAAAGCAACUGCUAUAAUAGAUUUUUAUAUUGAGUCACCAGUACGCAAUGCAUCUAUGCACGUGAAGUUCUUUAAAAAGGAUUACUCCAAUAAAUAUCAACCAUUUCUAAUAGACGUUUACUUUAAUAUUUGCGAUGUGAUUUCAAGGCGAAAAUCAAUAAUCUAUGGCAAUAUUAUAUGGAAAACUAUGAAGCGUUUUACGAAUGUAAAUCACUCGUGUCCCAUCGAAGGUCAUGUGUACUCACGAGACAUAUACUUGGACGAAACUUACAUACCCAUCCUUCCCUUGGGUUCCUAUCAAUUAUUUAUGAAUUAUUCUGAGACUGUUCAUAAGCAAAUUGAGCAUCUUGGGACAAUAGCAAUUAACUUUAUGGCGAUGGAAGAGUUUAAAGCUAAAAAAAAAAAAGUGUAA